AUGUCAUCGGUCAAAAUCUAUCCUCCUAAGAAGGGCUCCUCAGCUUCAGAAAGCCCAUUGCCCCCACUCAUCAAGACACCCUCUGGACUUGCGCUGCUUGAGAUGCAAGGAACUGUCAACGUGCCUCAUUUCAACCCCGACGAGGAUUCCAGCAAAAACGAGCCCGAGAUAUCCAUUGGCAAAGUAACAUUCCCUGACUAUCACCCCGAAACGCAGGAAGAGGGCAGCACGGCCUGGAUGAAGCGCGUCUUCCUCUAUGUCGGCCAGCAUCAGAGACUACAGGGCGAAGUUAAGAAGCUUCCGAAGGCCAUGGCUAUUAUCCGGCGGAAGGGAGGUGCCACUACUAGCGGUGAAGGAGAGGCUGAGGAGGAGCUCGAGAUUGCUGAGAUCGUCAAGUACAAGAUCAUGUUUGGGAACCGGCCAGAGCCCGUUGGUACGGAAAACACAUAG